AGCAAGUAGCAACCUUUUAUUCCUCGUUCUUGUCUCUUUAGCCUGUGGAUUCCACUCGCUCCAGAACAUUAUCUAAUUAAAAAACGACAGCACCACAGCGUUUGUUCCGUUGUUCCCGCCACCCAAGAAGAAAAAGCAACGAGCUCUUCCUUUCUUCUCCUUCUCCAGUAGAGGACAUUUUUAAAAGAAACAAUUAACAAUGGUGUCGACACGGAGAAAGAGAGCUGUUGUAGGCAUGGCGAGUGAAAACGCCAACAGCGACAAUAGGAAUGAAGAGGUUCUUGAAGGUAAUAAUGAGGGAAAUGGAGGGUAUGAGAAGUUGAGAGAGCAGAGAAUCCAAGAGAACAAAGAGAGGAUGCAGAAAUUGGGUUUUUUUGACCUUCUCAAGUCUCGCUCUGCCUCAACUAACAGAACCCCUCGAAACGUUUCUAGUCAGAAGAAACUUCCCAAACCUUCUUUGCCCCUCUCCGAUUCCCCAAGGCGCUCCUCAAGGUUGAAGAGUCAGACUCCAGUUAAUUAUUCAGAGCUUCGCCAUAAGGCAAAGAAAGGGUCUGCUAAAGGUAUUGGGGUUCAGUUGCGAGAAGGUUCUAAGCCAGAAGUGUAUACGGAAGAACAUGAGAAACUUUUGGGUGAUUGUAAGACAGCAUGGACUUUAUUUGUGGAUGGAUAUGGCACAGACGGAAAACGCAUAUAUGACCCGGAGAAUGGUGAAACCUGCCAUCAAUGCAGGCAGAAAACUCUUGGGCGUCACACCCACUGCAGCGAAUGUAAUGUUGUCCAAGGGCAAUUUUGUGGAGAUUGCUUAUACAUGAGAUAUGGAGAGAAUGUGAUUGAAGUCAAUGAGAAUCCAAAUUGGGUUUGCCCUGUUUGUCGCGGAAUUUGCAACUGCAGUAUUUGCCGGAAGGCAAAAGGAUGGGUGGCCACUGGCUCUCUAUAUAGAAAGGUUACAGGACUGGGCUUCAAGUCUGUGGCACAUUACCUAAUUCAAACCCGACUCUCUCAAAUUCACUCAGACAACUCUGAAGCGAGAGAACUGCCCCUUGCAGAUAAAGAAUCUCAUCUUGUCACUGAUGGUGCAGAGGAGAACCACGAUGAAGACUUUGAUCUUCAAUCCAAUGACGAUGAAGUUGAGAUGGAAGAAAAGGAAAAACUAGUGUACUGCUCUGAUAGUAGCAAGUAUAUUGAUAUUGAUGAUGAAAGUGAUGAUAUCGAUGACAAUAGCAGUUCUGAUAAUGGUAACAGGCAGAAAGAAAAAACAGAAAACAUGGAGGGUGAUGACAAUAAUGAGAUGAAGGAAAAGCAGACGAAACUUGCAGAUUGACACUAGAGUAAUCCCUACUAUUAAGCUGGAAGAAUGAGACUUUCUGACACUAGAGUAAUCACAUAAAAGUCAGCUGUCUUUUUGAAGUUAUAUUCUCCCAUAUUCAUAGUUAGGGUCUCCAAUUUUGUUUGUUGUAUAUAAAAGGAGAAAUAUAUUUGAAGUCUUGUGAAACAUAUACACUACUUUUGGCAAGUGAUUUCAGCUUCUUAAUAUCUUCAUUGGCAAUAUUGAAAAUUACUUCUUUGA